AACCCGCCAAUUGAGCUUUAGGUUUCCUCACCUUUUUUAUUAACGGUCUUCCAGCUUUUUUCCCUCUCAAAUCUCAAACCUCCAGAUCUCUCUAUCUCUCUCUCUCUCUCAGAAGAAGAAGAGAGGCGAAAGAAACAGAAGAAGGAGAAAGAGAUUUGGAUAUGUCGCCGAUGGCUGCUUUUCAAGAUCCUGAAACAAGGCAUCAUACCUACAGCAGGAAGCAGAAAUCUUUGGGGCUCUUGUGCUCCAACUUUUUGAGCUUGUACAACCGAGAUGGCACUGAAUCCUUUGGUUUGGAUGAUGCUGCCGACCGAUUAGGAGUUGAGCGGAGGAGGAUCUAUGAUAUAGUCAAUGUCUUGGAAAGCAUUGGGGUUCUAGCGAGAAAGGGAAAGAAUCGGUACGCAUGGAAAGGAUUUGUAGGAAUUCCCCAGGCUCUAAAGGAGCUUAAGGAGGCUUUGAAAGAGAAUUUUUCCAACAUCUAUGAUGCUAGCAACAGUGAAAAAGUUUCAGAUGAUGAGGAAGAUGAAAAAUCCAUUGAUCCAAACAUUGCGAGCAGGGAAGAUAAAUCAAGCUCCACUGCCGUCAUUUCUAAACUUUCUGCAUCCUUCAAAGCUGGUGACAACAGAAGAGAGAAAUCCCUGGGACUUCUUACACAAAACUUUGUGAAGCUAUUUCUCUGUUCUAAUUCAGACUUGAUCUCCCUGGAUGAUGCUGCAAGGAUAUUGCUUGGUGAUUCACUCAAUUCAUCUCAGAUGAGAAAUAAUUCUGCAGCAAAAGUUAGACGAUUAUAUGAUAUUGCGAAUGUGUUGUCUUCCAUGAAUCUUAUUGAGAAGACCCACCAUGCUGAAAGCAGGAAGCCUGCAUUUAGGUGGCUAGGGAUUACAGAGAAACUUGAGAACGGGUCAGCUGGCUCUUUCAAUUCGGAGGACAGCAGAAAAAGAGUGUUUGGAACUGAGAUAACAAAUACUAAUUUUAAGAGAAACAAGGUGAAUUCCUUGAUGGAUGAGAAGGCUAAACAGAAGCCAAACAUCCAAAUGCAAAUGAACCAUGAAAAUAGGUCAAAUGAUAUGGGCAGAAGCCAAAUCGAGCAACAACCAAAGCAAAGCUCCAAGGAUUUUGUGUUUGGCCCUUUCAGUCCAGUUGUUAUGCCUAAAGUUGGCGACUUGGAUAAAAAUAAUGUAAAAAGGGUUCAGGACUGGGAGGGCCUUGCCUCUUCUUAUCGCCCUCAGUAUCACAACCAAGCUUUGAACGAUCUCUUUGCUCAUUAUUUGGAGGCAUGGAAGUCAUGGUAUGUGGAAGUCGCUGGCAAGCAACCAAUACAAAACUUCUCUUGAUGCACAUUCAACUUUUUAAUAACAGUGUACACAUGUACGUCAAUGAAAUACCAUUUUUCUUUUUUCUUGGGGGGAGGGGGAAGGUGGCCUUUUUGGGUGCAUGCUCUCAAUGCUCCAACCAGAAUGGCUAUACCCCAUUUCACCUUUUAAUUUUCCCCUUUGAUUUGGAUAAAAACUUGUUUCAAGGGCUUGUUGACCCAUUAUAAAGAUUUGUUUACUUUGCUAA